CAAACCGCAGUCACUUCCUGUUUCCGUCAACACACGUGUGUAUGUGCGGAGGCUAGAGGACUACACGCAACCUGCUGACCAGUUCGAACCCGUUCACUACCAUCCCAGUGACCCGGUACCACAGGGGCCGCCAUGUUGGAGCAGCUGGGUCUGAUCGGGACCAUCCGGGACGAGGACCAGAGUCCGGAGGAGCCCGACUCCGAGUCCGACCAUGAGGAGGAGCGAAUCAUCCUGAACAGGAAGAAGAAGUUUGGUGUUUCCGGAUCAAAGGACUUUAACAGUACCUUUGAUUUUGGCGAGCGAGACCCUGUGAACGCUGACGAUGACUGGGUGAUGGCUGAUGUCAUCAAACAGCUGAAGAAGAAGAGAGUUGUGACGACCCUUGAUCAGAAAAUAGAGAAAAUCCGGAAGAAGAGAAAAGCUGAGGAGAAAUCAACUCAGGGUGACGCUGAGGAAGGUGCUAUAGUGAAAAACCAAGAGGAUGAAGUUCAGGCUGAUAAAGAUGAAGGUGAAGACGAAGAGGAGGAUGAGGAGAAUGAAGAUGAUGAGGAGGAGGACAAAGACGACGACAUAGAUGAAUUUGACUCGAGUGAUGAGGAAGUUCUAACCAAAUCAGACACCCUCAGAGAGAAAGAAAAACGUGGGAGGAAGAGGAAGGCUGGAAUGGAGGCCGCAGAGUCGUACUCCGAAGACGCGUCUCAGUUCGAUGAGGAUCUGACCUUCGAUAACAUGAACCUGUCCAGACCCAUCCUGAAGGCCAUCACAGCUUUGGGCUUCAAGCUGCCGACUCCCAUUCAGAAGGCCUGUGUUCCUGUUGGCCUGCUGGGCAGAGACCUCUGUGCCUGCGCUGCUACUGGGACAGGGAAGACGGCCGCCUUCAUGCUGCCCGUGCUGGAGCGUCUGGUUUACAAGCCGAGGACGUCCCAGGUGACCCGGGUCUUGAUUCUGGUUCCGACCAGGGAGCUGGGAAUCCAGGUUCACGCCGUGGCUCGUCAGCUGGCCCAGUUCACCUCCAUCACCACCUGCCUGGCUGUUGGUGGUUUGGACCUGAAGUCCCAGGAGGUGGCGUUGAGGGCGGGGCCUGACGUCCUGAUCGCCACGCCCGGUCGACUGAUCGAUCACCUGCACAACACGCCGAGCUUCGAGCUGUCUCACAUCGAGAUCCUGAUCCUGGACGAGGCUGACAGGAUGCUGGACGAGUACUUCGAGGAGCAGAUGAAGGAGGUCAUCAGGUUGUGUUCCUACAACCGACAGACCAUGUUGUUCUCUGCCACCAUGACGGACGAGGUGAAAGACCUGGCAGCGGUUUCGUUGAAGGAGCCAAUCAGGAUCUUCGUUAACAGCAACACUGACGUGGCCCCGUUCCUCCGACAGGAGUUCGUCAGAAUCCGACCGAACAGGGAGGGCGACCGAGAGGCCGUGGUGUCCGCUCUUCUGACUCGGACGUUCCAGGACCACGUGAUGGUUUUCACUCAGACCAGGAAACAGGCUCAUAGACUUCAUAUCCUGCUGGGUCUGAUGGGACUGAAUGUUGGAGAACUGCAUGGAGAACUGAGCCAGAGCCAGAGGCUUGAGAACCUCAGGCGUUUUAAAGAUGAACAGAUCGAUAUCUUGGUGGCGACAGAUGUUGCAGCCAGAGGUUUGGACAUCAGUGGAGUGAAGACGGUGAUAAACUUCACCAUGCCGUCCACAGUCAAACAUUACGUCCACCGUGUUGGACGAACGGCGAGAGCCGGCCGCUCUGGACGCUCCGUGUCUCUGGUCGGAGAGUCUGAGAGGAAGAUGUUGAAGGAAGUGGUGAAGUCAGCCAAGAACAUCGUGAAAGCUCGAGUCCUGCCACCAGACGUGAUCCUGAAGUUCAGAGAUUUGAUCUCGAAAAUCGAAAAAGACGUUGGUGCUGUGAUGAGGCUGGAGAGAGAAGAGAGAGAGCUGGCGUCAUCUGAGGCCAAGUUGAGUGUGGCUCAGAAACGUCUCGAUGGCUCCGCCUCUGACAGUCAAUCACAGAGAGUUUGGUUUCAAACUCAACAAGAGAGAAAACAGAGUCGCGUGUCUAAAGCUCUGCAGGAGUUCGACAUCGCUCUCAGAGGAAAAAAGAAGAGACAGAAGUUUCUGAAAGAAGGAAAAAAGAAAGACCUGACGCCUGAGGAGCGCACUCAGUUCGAGAUUUUAAAAGCUCAGAUGUUCGCUGAGCGGGCGGCCAAGAGAGAGAGACGACCAAAGAGAGCCAGAGCGAUGGCAGAAGACGAGACGCAGAUCAAAGCCAAUCCGAAACCUAGUAAAGGAGGAAGGAAGUCGGCCUUUGAUAAAGAACUGACCAACACGAGCGGAAAGAAUCUGAAACACUACAGAGCUGGACCGUCCUUUGAGGACAGGAAGCGGUUGGGCAUGAACAAGAAGAGUCCCGGUGGCUCCAGAUACAAGAAGAAGAAGUGACAGACAAGAUGGCCGCCUCACCGCUCUGCCGUCACUGUGUAAAUCAUUUCCUGUUUAUCAAAGAACCUUCAAUAAAGUUUCAGUCAUUAAAAUAGAA